UAUAAACUUCAAGUAAUCAAAUUACCGCAUUGACUUUGUGUGUCUUAUUUGUCCCUAAAAGACAGCCGUGUGUUACGCAUGUAGCCCAGGUACCGCUUUCCAUGCAUCACGACACGUGCAUGCUGAUGCAAUAGGUUCACUUUCACAUGUUGUGCAUGCGUGUUCGUGUCUCCUCAUAAGCCGCAUGCAUCCAACAUCCCCUCCUUUACGACGCGUUCUGUAUUCUCGAUGUGUGUAUUGACACGGGCUCCGUGUUCAUGUCAAGGGAUGUGGAACGGCACCACCAAGGUUGCGGUGAAGACGCUGAAGCCGGGCACCAUGUCCCCCGAGGCCUUCCUGGAGGAGGCUCAGAUCAUGAAGAGGCUGCGCCACGACAAGCUGGUACAGCUCUACGCCGUUGUGUCCGAGGAGCCCAUCUAUAUAAUCACCGAGUUCAUGAGCCAAGGAAGUUUACUGGAUUUCUUAAAAGACGGCGAGGGGCAAAACCUGAAGCUACCCCAGCUUGUGGACAUGGCGGCACAGAUCGCGGCGGGGAUGGCCUACAUCGAACGGAUGAACUACAUCCACAGAGACCUGCGGGCCGCCAACAUCCUUGUCGGAGACAACCUGGUGUGCAAGAUCGCCGACUUUGGCCUGGCAAGGCUCAUCGAGGACAACGAGUACACCGCCAGACAAGGGGCCAAGUUCCCCAUCAAAUGGACUGCGCCGGAAGCUGCGCUGUACGGACGCUUCACCAUCAAGUCGGACGUGUGGAGUUUCGGCAUCCUGCUCACCGAGCUCAUCACCAAGGGACGCGUGCCCUACCCAGGCAUGAACAACCGCGAAGUGCUGGAGCAGGUAGAGCGAGGCUACCGGAUGGCCUGUGCCCCGGGCUGCCCCGCCUCACUCCACGAGCUCAUGCUGCAGUGUUGGCGGCGCGAGGCCGACGAGAGGCACACCUUCGAGUACCUGCAGUCCUUCUUGGAGGAUUACUUCACCGCCACCGAGGCCCCACUGACAAGUGAUCAGUUCAGGAUGUACAGGAUGUACCACACCUCUCGCCCUGAGACUGGGACGGACUCCGGUUUACCCACGGCCGAAGUAAAUGCCAUAGAAAAUUGA